AUGUAUCGCGACUGGGUGUGGGAUGCUAUCGAAGCGAUCGAUAAGUACUGUAGAGUGGAAGCUGGCUUCACAGGAUUGGAUAAUGUUUAUAAUCCAUAUCAGGGUCGCGACGACGUGCAGCAGUCUUUCUUCCUUGCCGAGACUUUGAAAUACGCCUAUCUGACCUUUUCUGACAAAAUUCCAUUGGAUCGAUGGGUUUUCAACACUGAGGCUCACCCCUUGCCAAUUAUGGACGGCUCGCAUCCAUUACCUACGCAGUGA